AGCCAUCCGGUGAAAAAUGGCGGACGACAACAGCAGUAAUCCCCAAUCUCACGGAUUUGCGGAGAAAUUAAAGUCCUGGCUGUCCUGGUCCUGGACCUACGUGUGUGCAGUUUGGUUCGCCAUGGUCCUCACUAUGGUUUACGUGCUGCGGAGUCCGCUGAAGCUUCAGGAGUCCGUCACCGCCGCAUCCAUGUUUUUAAAUACUCUUACACCUAAAUUCUAUGUUGCACUCACUGGAACCUCCUCUCUUAUCUCUGGUCUUAUAUUGAUAUUUGAAUGGUGGUACUUCAGAAAGUACGGCACCUCCUUCAUUGAGCAGGUUUCUGUCAGUCACUUGCGUCCUCUACUUGGUGGCGUGGAGAACAACAGUUCUGCAGGCCUCUUCUCCUCAGCCAAUGGAGAGGUGGAGCAAAGACCCAGCGUUUCAGAGUGUAAAGUAUGGAGGAACCCUUUGAAUCUUUUCAGAGGUGCAGAGUACAGCAGGUACACCUGGGUGACGGGUAAAGAGCCUCUGACCUACUACGACAUGAACCUUUCAGCACAAGAUCACCAGACCUUCUUUACCUCUGACACACAGCAACUAAAACCAGAGGACUCUGUAAUGCAGAAGGCCUGGCGAGAGAGGAAUCCUCAAGCUCGAAUCAGAGCUGCUUACCAAGCCAUCGAGCUCAACCAUGAGUGUGCUGCAGCGUAUGUGCUUCUGGCCGAAGAGGAAGCCACAACAAUCAUAGAAGCUGAGCGGCUAUUCAAACAAGCACUAAAGUUUGCGGGGAAAGAUACAAAUCUUCUGGUGUACAUCAAACGCAGACUGGCCAUGUGUGCCCGGAAACUGGGACGCAUCAAAGAGGCUGUAAAGAUGAUGAGAGAUUUAAUGAAAGAAUUUCCCUUACUUGGAAUGCUAAAUAUCCAUGAGAAUCUUCUUGAAGCAUUGUUGGAACUACAGGCCUACGCAGAUGUACAAGCAGUCUUAGCAAAAUAUGAUGAUAUCAGCUUGCCAAAAUCUGCCACUAUAUGUUACACAUCUGCCUUACUGAAAGCACGAGCAGUGUCAGACAAGUUUUCGCCCGAGGCAGCUUCUCGGCGAGGUCUUAGCACUGCAGAGAUGAAUGCAGUGGAGGCCAUACACAGAGCUGUGGAGUUCAACCCACAUGUACCAAAGUAUCUUUUAGAGAUGAAGAGUCUAAUACUGCCUCCAGAGCAUAUUCUGAAGAGAGGCGAUAGUGAAGCAGUGGCAUAUGCGUUCUUCCACCUGCAGCACUGGAAACGAGCAGAGGGAGCGCUCAACCUGCUGCACUGCACUUGGGAAGGCACAUUCCGGAUCAUACCAUACCCCCUGGAGAAAGGUCAUCUCUUCUACCCAUACCCAGGCUGCACAGAGACAGCAGACAGAGAGCUACUGCCCUCAUUCCAUGAGGUGUCAGUCUACCCGAAGAAAGAGCUGCCAUUCUUUAUCCUGUUCACAGCAGGCUUGUGCUCCUUCACUGCCAUGCUAGCCAUGCUCACACACCAGUUCCCUGACCUUAUGGGUGUCUUUGUCAAAGCCUUCUUCAGUACCCUCUUCGCACCACUGGGCUUUUUUGCAGACAAGAUGGAGAAUUUUAUGCCUUCUUGCCUUUGGUACCAACUGACAAGAAUCUAACUCCAAGCUCCUCACAUACACACAGACAUCCUGAUGCAAAUCUACUGUAUGUGUAGCAUUAAAUGUGCUAAGAAGCUCAUUUACAGACCGUACUGACAGUAAUAAAAUGAAUCAACCAUUGUC